AUGCUAUUUCCAACUGUUUUGUGGGCACAAACAAAAAAGGCACUAUUUGUCACUGUUGACCUGCCUGAUCUUAAGGACUAUAAGGUCGAAUUGGAAGAAAAUUACUUGAAGUUUCAUGCUAAUGUAGAAAAUAAUGAAUAUGAAUUCAAACUAGAUUUUCUGAAACCUAUAAAUAAAGAUGAAAGCAGGUAUCAAGUUACAAGGGCUCUCCAUUUUAUGUUGACAAAGAAAGAAGAGGAACGUUGGAGUUCUAUUGUAAAAGAUUCUUCAAAAACAAAGAAUUGGCUUAAGUGUGACUGGAAUAGAUGGAUAGAUACAGAUGAAGAGGAAAAUCCCUCAAAUAAGUUUGAUAUGUUUGGUGGAAUGGAUGGGAUGAUGGGUGGAAUGGGUGGAAUGGGUGGAAUGGGUGGAUUUGACUUGAGCCAACUUGGUGACAUGAGCGGUAUGGGAAAUAUGAAUUUUGAUGAAGACGAUAUUCCUGAAGAUGAAGAUGAUGAGGAGCCAAAAGAAAGGCCAGAUUGUUCGAGUGAGUGCUGCGAUCAUGAGCACAAGCAUUAG